CGUAAACAGGAGUUGUUUUGAUCUGUCACAGAAUCAGGCGACUGUGUUCGUGAUUCCGCAGCCCGCCCGUGUCACCGUGAAACAAACCAUUUCACCACGAACGCUUCUUUUGUUUGGGCAAAACGCAAUUCGGCUCGCUCGGUCGAGCCGUUUUAGGGUUUUAAAAGUCUAAAAAAAACUGUUUUUGGAGCGCGUUACGUCAGCGUAACGCACCGUGGUUACCGAGCUAGCUCGUGUUUCCAGAUAUUAACAUUAGCUGACAAUUUAGCGGCGUUUGAAUGCUAAUAUAUUGUUUAAAAGCUCCGUUUAUUUAGUCGCGUUGUCAUCGUGUUUUAGCUUUAACUACCCAGCUUUAGCCGCAAGCCUGUCCCUGCUCCAUCAGUGACAGAUUGACAAACAUGUGAAGAGGUAGCGAUGUUUGCACCGGAGACAUAAGCGCGGUCAUGCCUCAACACCAGUGUCUGUCCAUGGCUGACGGUGGAGAGCUGCGUCGAGUGGUGGGACGCGCCGGCCCCUCGGACUGUCCGGGCCGGCGAACCUACCGAAGUUCAGCCCAUUUCCGCAGCCUGCUGGACGGCCUGCUGGCGCUCAGACAAGGCGGCGUCCUGUUCGAUGUGGUGCUGCUGGUGGAAGCGCGACCUAUCCAAGCCCACCGUAUACUGCUGGCAGCCUCCUGCGAUUAUUUUAGGGGAAUGUUUGCUGGUGGCCUGCGGGAGACAAAGGAAACAGAGAUUCCAAUUCAUGGUGUUUCCUACAUGGCCAUGAAAAAAAUACUGGACUACAUUUACACCUCGGAGAUGGAAUUAGACCUGGAGAGUGUUCAGGAAGUCCUGAUAGCUGCCACACUGGUACAGCUGGAGAACGUGAUCGGCUUCUGCUGCGAUUUCCUCUUCUCCUGGCUGGACGAGAGCAACAUCUUGGAGGUGCAUCACCUGGCCGACCUGUACGAACUGCGGCAGCUUAAAGCCAUGGUCCACGCCUACAUCCUCAGGAACAUCCAGACUCUGUCCCGGACGGACGUUUACCGGCAGCUCCCUCAAGACGAGGUCUUCAGAGCGCUGAGCAGUGACGAGCUGGAGGUGAACAGUGAGAACGAGGUGUACGAGGCCGCUCUUCACUACCACUACAGUCCUGAGCAGGUGGAAACUGACCAGGUGUACUUGCAGGUCAGUUCCAAGGACAAUCUCAAGAUGGUUGAUGCUGUGCGCUUCAGCCUGAUUGAGAAGCAGGUGUUGCAGAAACUGUGCGACCGUCUGGACCAGUGUCCGCUGAAGGACUCGGUGUCGGCCGCCCUGCGCUACCACGAGCAGGAGAUCUGGCAGCCCGUCCUGCAGACUCCUCUCACCCAGCCCCGCUCCACCUUCCACUGCCUCCUGGGCUUCGGCGGGAUGUUCUCCUCCAGCUCCCACGCCAACAACGAGCACCUGUUUCAGGUGUUCCACCCGAGCUGGGGCGAAUGGAGGACUCUUGAUGCGACGCCCGCCCCCCGAAUGUCCAACCAGGGCAUCGCUGUGCUCAACAACUUUGUUUAUCUCAUCGGAGGAGACAAGAACACCAACGGGUUUCGUGCCGAGACCCGAUGCUGGAGGUACGACCCUCGUCACAACGCGUGGUGCACGAUCCAGUCGCUGCAGCAGCAGCACGCUGACCACUGUGUGUGUGUGGUGGGAGGCCACAUUUAUGCCAUCGGAGGGAGAGACUACAGCAAUGAACUGGACUCAGUGGAGCGCUACGACCCGCACACCAACACGUGGGAGUGUGUGUCGCCACUAAAAAGAGAGGUGUAUGCACAUGCCGGAGCGGUGACGGGUGGUAAGAUUUAUAUAACCUGCGGGCGCAGAGGGAUGGCCUACCUCCGAGAGACCUACUGCUUUGACCCCGUGGCAAAUCAGUGGACGGCGUGCGCCGAUGGCCCAGUGGAGCGCGCCUGGCACGGCAUGGCGGGUGUCAACGGAUGCGUUUACGUGAUUGGGGGAAGCAACGACCAGCGCGGAUAUCGGCGCGACGUCCUGAAGGUGGCGCGCUUUGACCCGUCCGUAAACUCUUGGUCUCUGGUGACCCCGCUUCCCGGCGGACACGGAGAACCCGGCGUCACCGUGCUGGACAAUCGCAUCUACGUCCUGGGCGGACGCUCUCACGACAAGAGCAACCGGAUGAAGUACGUCCACGCGUACAACGCCGACGCGGACGAGUGGGAGAGCGAGACUGAGUUCAAGGACCGCGUGUCCGGCAUGGCGGCCUGCGUCGCGCUCAUGCCUCCCGCUGUCAUCGCCCAGGCCAGGAGCUGGGAGCAGCGCAUCAAGGCCUCAUGGGAAGACAUGGAAGACUCGGAGGACUCGAGCGAGGACUGAAGCGGAGGACAUAUAAGCACUGGAGACUUUUUAAAAAAAAAAAAGCAGCAUGUUAAAUCUGUUAAAUUUGUUGCAGCAGCAUUGGGUGUUUUUUUUGCACGCUGAUCACUUUGAGUGCCUCUGAGUGUGAUCCACAAUCUUUGCACAGCUAACUCCUACACCACUACUGUGACUGUCUGUUGCUGCUCCUUCGUUAUUUCCUCUCACUUUUUCUGUUUGUGUGUCAUUUUUUUCACAGAGAAACGAUUUCCCGUCUCUGGGCAAUAUAAAAUAACGAUAAUAAGACUACUGGCUAUGCAAUAACACGGUGUUGUGGGCAACUCUUAGCUGCGUGUGUUGAUUAUUUCAAGACUCAAUGGGAUAAUAACUGGGAUUUUCCGGCAGCUCUCACACGUCUUAUGUGAAUCUCUAUCUAAUGAGUAACAUUUUUGGGAAGUGAAGACGUUUUUUUUGUGGGUUUCAUAUGCGUUCGCUUAAUUGUUAUAGCGAGGAAGUGAACGUGUCCAGAUUAUAAAAUAUAGAAUAAUCCAGUUGAUUUAUUUAUUUAUUCUCGUGAGCAAAACUGCAAUGAUCAUCACAUCGUCUCAAGUCACUGAAAGACAUUUUAACAUUGUGCCUUUUUUUGUGUUUACGUGUGAAUUUGAAUUCAUCAAUGUGUGUUCAGUCGGAUUCUGAGCCUCUGAGAUUAUUCUAUUAUUAUUAUUCACACUUCGUUGCUGUGUGUGUGUGUGUAGGAAGUCUUGAUGUCUGUCAUCUCAACCAAACCAUUUAAUUUGCCAAGUCCAGCUAUAAGCUUCUGUUUUCCCCCCCUCACUCUUGAUUCACAAUAACAUGUGUGACGACACGGAUGAAUUCUGUCUUAAGAAGGAACGUGUUGAAACUCGUGUUACACAGGAAGUGCAAAUGUUCUCAUACUGGAUAACUUUUCAAAAAUAAAUAACAUCUCAAUAGUU